UUAUGUACGUACACGUGGUAGCACGUGGGCAGCUUAAUUGUGGGUGUGUUCUAAUCCAACAUGGAUGAAGACAAAGAAGUUCAACCAACAUCUUUUGUAGGUAACAGGGAGCCUUCUUAUGAAGAGCUAGUCAAGUUAGUAAAUGUUAUAUCCAAGCCAUUGGCAGGAAGAAAGCUCACUAAAAGAUUAUUAAAAUUGGUAAAGAAAUCAAGUAAAGGGAAUCAUUUGAAAAGAGGAGUGAGAGAAGUUGUGAAGAGUUUGAGGAAAAACAACAAAGGAGUGGUCAUAUUUGCCGGUGAUGUUAGCCCCAUUGAUGUGAUAUCGCACAUUCCUGUAUUCUGCGAAAAUAAGAAAAUACCGUAUUGCUAUGUGCCAUCUCGUAGACAAUUGGGUGGAGCUGGUGGCACCAAGAGGCCGACUAGUGUUGUCUUAGUUGAGAAGGAUAAGGACUAUGAGGAGCUUUAUGAACAGUGCUACAGUGAUGUUGAUGCUCUUCCAUUACCAAUUUAAUUGUUAUGAUUACAGUAAUUAUAUUAGCUUGUUUGUGGUAUUACACAAACAAUAUUUCAAAGGGCAAGCAAGGACAAAGAAACUCUUUAUUUAGCUAAUGAGUUUUUGAGGCUUAGACAUAAUUUGUUCGUACUAGAGUAAAUAGUAAUAUUUAAUCAACUCAAUAAUCAUUAAGCUUUAAUGGACCAAGAUAUGUUAAUUCA